AUGGACUUUCUGAGUGAUGCCCGGCAGGAUGUUUACCGGCCCUCCAUCUUCGAACUAAUCGCUCAGGAGCAACUCCGAGAUCUACUCCAACCAGCUGUAAAAUACGUCUUGGCACACUUUGCACAACGGUAUCCGCGAUAUCUUAUACGAAUAUUUAAUAAGCAUGAGGAACUAUACGCGUUGAUUAUGUUGGUGGUUGAGCGACAUUAUUUGAAGCUGCACAAUGCAUCAUUUGCGGAAAACUUUUACGGUCUUACUCGACGUCGACGCCCCAAGUACGAGACGGAGAAGGCGAACUUGGCAGUUGGCAGGGCCUCUGAGCCGUCCAAGCUCAAUGACCGGGAUAUUAUGAGAUCUCUCUUAUUCCUUGUUGGCAUACCUUACGUGCGAGCCAAGGCUCAUGACUACUUCGAGUCCAUUGGCGGUGGCAUAUCGUCUGACAUUAUGGAUAAUUCAACUCAGUCAUCGAGCACACAGACAAGGCAGCAAAAGUUACAAAGCAUUUUCAAGCGCUUGUAUCCGAUCAUCAACGCAGCAUUCGAGCUCUGGAUUAUGACAUAUAACGUCGCUUACCUGUUUGAAAAGACGCCAUAUUACCGUCCUUGGUUGGCCUGGAUGGGACUUGACCUCCGGCGUGCGGGCCCCGUUCCAGUGAUGGAAGCAACUGUGAAACAAUAUGGCUCGCUGAGAGAACGACUGAGCUCAAUGCUGCGUUCGUCCCCUCGUUUCAUGCUCGACUCGCUCAAGAUACUACUCCCAUUGAGCAUAUUUUUCGUCAAGUUCCUCGAAUGGUGGUACUCGCCUUCCUCCCCUGCGCGUGCACUCUCCGCUGCGCCCACGGGACCAGCACUUCCCCCUCCACGCAUGCUUCAUCCCCAUCCAAAGGGUCUUUAUGUUGACCCGACGAAUUACGGGCAGUGCCCCAUCUGUCGGAACCAAAUCACAAACCCAACAGUACUGCCGACGGGAUACGUGUUUUGCUAUCGAUGCAUUCACCCUCGGAUUGAGGAGAGUGGACGAUGUCCAGUGACUCUUCAUCCAGUCGAACUCGAACAACUUCGCAAGAUUAUGGGGUAA